AUGUAUGGAAGAAGUUCAGGCAGAGAGGUGCUUGGAGGAGGCCUUGGUAGAAGUGCCUUUGGUGGACAAGGGUCUGGACAGGCUGGUGUUAUCAGAGGCAUCGAGGAGGUCCAUGUCAACACCAACCUGCUGAGGCCAAUACAACUGCAAGUCGACCCCGAGUUCCAGAGAGUGCGGUCCGAUGAGAAAGAGCAGAUUAAGGCUCUCAACAACAAGUUUGCAUCAUUCAUCGAUAAGGUGCAAUGUCUCGAGCGGCAGAACCAGGCUCUGAUGGCCAAGUGGGAACUUCUGCAGCAGCAAAGCUCCCGACCAGAAGAGAGCAGAAAUAUCGCCUCUUUCUUCCAAGCUUAUAUCAGCACCCUGCAGAGGCAGCUAGAAACGCUCCAGAACCAGAAGGAGCAGCUGGAUCCGGAAGCGUACAGGAUGCUUCAGCUUGUUGAAGAUUAUAAAAAGAGAUUCGAGGAUGAGAUCAACAAGCGUGCGUCUAAAGAAGAGGAGUUUGUGGAGCUCAAAAAGGAACUGGACAGUGCCUACAUGGGAAAAAUGGAGUUUGAUGUUCGGGUGGAAAUACUGAAGCAGGAGCUUGAGUUCCUCAGAUGCUUACAUGAAGCUGAGCUGUCCCAGCUGCAAACAGUAGCCGGCAACACCGAUGUCAUCCUGUCCAUGGACAAUGAUAGAGAACUGAACAUGGAUGGCAUCAUUGAAGAAGUCAGGCAGGAGUACGAGACAAUUGCUCAGAGAAGCAAAGCUGAAGUAGAUGCCAUGUAUCGGGGCAGGUACCAGGACCUUCAGAACAUGUGGGUGAACCAACGUGAGCAGCUGAGGAACAGUUAUCAGGAAGUCCAGGAACUCAUCAGGCAGAUCGAAAGAAUACAAGCAGAAAUUGAAUUUGCAAAGAAAAAGAAUGCCAGCCUCCGAGAAACCGUUAGAGAUGCUGAGCAGCGUGGGAGCUCUGCCGUCAGAAGCGGCCAGGAAAAGCUUCAGGAGUUGGAAAAUGCCCUGCAGCAGGCCAAAGAUGAUCUCGUUCGCCUUCUUCGUGAUUAUCAGGAGCUCCUGAACGUGAAAUUGGCCCUGGAUGUUGAAAUCGCCAUGUACAGAUCACUCCUCGAGGAGGAGGAGAGCAGGAUACAGGAAGGCUCACCAACCACCAUCUGUGUCAUUGACCACGCAAGUGCUACUGGAGUCUACGGA